AGUGUGGGGCAGGCAGAGCUGAUGGGGGAGCCUGGGGUGUAGCCCAGGAUGGACUGGCUGUGACGACGUGCCUUAGCUGGAGAGAGGUCGUUACCAUGAGGAGUUCCUGCAGAGCUGGCCUCCACAGGGAACCACUGAAUUCCACAUCCUCCACCUUCCAUCAAGUCAAACGGGUUUCUGGUAUGCACUUAAAGCCAUAUCUCAAGUUACAGAAGAAAGAGCGAUCCCCAGAAAUAAGCCAGGAUUCCCUGCGAGGCCACCAGGGACCAGCACAAGGAGAAAAGUACACCAACUGCACCAAACUGAGCGUUUUCCCAAAACCCUCCCUCGUGGCUCCAUCUCAAAAGCUUCUGGGGAUUAUUUAUCCAAAUACUAUGUGCAAUAGGAACGGGAAAGGCCCAGGGGACGGUCCCAGUGCAAGGGAAAAGAAGAACGCCCUGUCCGCCACGAUCCACCAGGGAGAAGAAGGGGAAGGGCCGCUGGAUGUCUGGGCUGUGGUGAAACCCGGCAACACCAAGGAGAAAAUCGCCUUCUUUGCAGCCCAGCAGUGCAGCAGCAGCACCCGCACGGGCUCCAUGAAAAUCAAGAGCACGUGGGACAUCGACGGGAGAACGGCCAAACGCAGGAAAAAAUCGGUGGAUCUUAAAAAAGCCAAAAUUCAACUGGAAAGGAUGAGGGAGGCGAACUCCAGGUGCUCCCAGCCGGAGCCUUUCGCCUGCGGCAUCGAGCACUGCUCGGUGCACUUCGGCAGCGACAGCGGGGAGGGCGCGUUCCCGGGCCGCUCCCUGUCGGUCAUCGAGAUGGUGGCCUUCCUGGAGCAGCGGGCCGGCGCCCUGCUGGUGGACUGUGCCAAGACCUGCGCGGCCUCCUCUGCCACCAGGCUGAGCGCCCAGCACAAGGCCGCCCUGCCCGGCUCUGACCCCUUCUCCUCGGCCGGGCCGUGCGAGGCUCAGGCGGAGCGGGGCCCCGGCGAGCCCCAGGGCGAGCCCGUGCGCGUGCUGGACAUGGUGGCCAAGCUGGAGUCCGAGUGCCUGAGGAGGCAGAGCGAGCGGGAGGCCGGGAGCCUGUCCCGCAACAACAGCUUCCGCAGGAACGUCGGCAGGGUGCUCCUGGCCAGCGGCACCCGGCCCGAGGCGGAGGUGGGGAAGGGGGUCCCGGCUCAGGGGGACGGCCUGGGGGAGGCGGGGGAGGCAGAGGAUGGGUACGGAGGUCGCUGUGGCCCUCUGGGUGACACCGAGCUGUGGGAUGGCGGCGCCUCUGCCCAGCGGCCGUUUCCUUCUGGGCUGGAUACCCGGGUGGGGAAUGUGAAUUCGGGACUUGCCCACGCAGUGUUGGCGAUGGCGGCUGGCAGGAAUGACACCGAAACACGGAUUGAGCCUCCCAGGGCUCUGCUGUCCCCGUGUCCAGCUGCUGCCAUGCUGCCACCCGAUCCCUUGCAGAGCAAGAACGCGACUGUUGAUUGUACUUCGAAAGAGCCUGUGAUUUUCCCAAAGCAUCCUGCUAGAAAGGAGCCCUUAUGCAUCAGUAUAUCAGUCACCAAGACAGAGGAAGGGUGCAGGAAGGAGAAGCUCUCCAGUUCUGGGGAGGAUUCACUCCCUGGGAGGUUGUUUUUCCUCCAGGGUGAGCAGCCUGCUGCUCAUGAGCAACAGCCAUGGCGGGAGAGUACCCAGGAGAAGCCGGGGGCAGUAGCCCAAAACGAGGACGAGGAUGCUCUGGCAUCUUCUAGGUCAUGUGUCAGAAGCAGUGUCCCUACAGAGCCAUCGGCCCCUUCUGUCCCUCCCACAGAAGGGGCUUUGCAAGUACUUGAUCCUUCCUGCCUAAAGCGGCAGGUUUCACAUGACUUUCUGGAGACCAGGUUUAAAAUCCAGCAGCUUUUGGAGCCUCAGCAGUACAUGGCCUUCUUGCCUCACCACAUCAUCGUGAAGAUCUUUGGGUUGCUUCCCACCAGGAGCUUGGUUGCCCUAAAAUGCACUUGCUACUACUUCAAGUUCAUCAUUGAGUACUACAACAUCAGGCCCGCGGACUCGCGCUGGGUGCGCGACCCUCGCUACCGGGAAGAUCCCUGCAAGCAGUGCAAGAAGAAAUACGUCAAGGGGGACGUGUCCCUGUGCCGGUGGCACCCCAAGCCCUACUGCCAGGCUCUGCCCUACGGGCCUGGCUACUGGAUGUGCUGCCACCGCUCUCAGAAAGGCAUCCCUGGCUGUAAGUUGGGUCUCCACGACAAUCAUUGGGUCCCUGCCUGCCACAGCUUUAACCGUGCGAUCCAUAAGAAAACCAGAGGAGCGGGAGCAGAGGUGGAAGAGGAAUAUUAGUGCACAAACACUUUCCUGCAAGAUUGUUUGGGAUAGGAGGAGGAGAUUCUCAUGCCUUGUGCUGUUUACAGUGUAUAUAAUUGUCGUGAUUUUUUUUUUUUUUCCUCCCACAGGGCUAUGAAACUGCACAUACUCAAACACAAGAGCCUUUACCUUUUAGAUUAAAAGAGAGCUUUUAGUCCAUCUCUGUAAAUAACACUAUAAAAUCUAAUUGUACAUACAGAGUCUACAGCUGGCUGAACAAGGUAACCCCUACAAUGCAGCUAUCCCAGUGUUGCGGCUAUAGGUGUGUGUGUUUUUAAGUGUCUCGUUUCAAAAUCUGUAUAUCCUGUAUAAUAUAUGAAUGUUUCUGAGAAGAAACUCUAAAUAGGUAAAGGUAAACUUGUUUAAAGAAGCUGCAGCCAACUUAACUGGACAACCUGAAACUUCAGGCUAUAGAAUAAAUCCAUUAUAGUAGUGUGGCAAUGGAUUAAAAAAAAAAAAAAAGAGAGGGAUAUUAUUGUAUAGUCAGAAUAUAAAAAAAGUUCUUGUCUCCCUUACCCAUGUUGUCUGGUUGGGUUUUUUUUUUUUUUUUUUACACAUAAAUAAAAUGUGCAUUCUAGAUCUGCCUUACCAGACUUUCUCAUGUAAGACUUUUGGCCCAAAAUAAAAAUGCUGUAAAACAGGUGGCAGAAACUUGGUGCUGUGCUGUAGUUCAGAUGUGCAAUGUGCUUUCUGUAGCAAACCGGUCCUCCUACUAAAAAGGAAACAAAACCCCUACAAAGCUCUAGUACUUGGAGAACUCCCUGCUGUAAUAUUCAGAUUCCAGCUUUUCUUUUCCUGCCUGCCAGCCCUGUGGGCAGCAGAGGCUCUUUUCAUCAGGAAUUCUGGUGCUAGGUGUGUAAAGCUUGCAAGAACCAGGCACUUUCUGGUCCUCUUGCUUCUUGGCUCUUGUGUGGGCAGCUGCCCUGUUCCCUGGGUACUCCUGGAGAAUGGAGCGUGGCUCCAGAAGGAUGAAUGUGGAGGUGCCUUGGCUCUCUGCUGUGCUGGAAGCUUUCCUAUCUGUGCUGUAUGGAUUCUUUUCCCUUGCAAGAAGAGUCCUUGCAGUGCCCUGCUCUGCUGCCUCUCCUCCCAGUGCUGUGGGUCGGUGUUUCCCAGGGAACUGCAGAGGUUUGCGUCGGAUGAAGGGCGAUUCCUCGCACUCAGAACGGGAGCGGAUCACCCGUGGCAGAAUUUCCCUGGAUCCAUCCCUGUCCGGCCGUGCUGUGAGCCAGACCUCAGCCUCCCGUUACACCCCUUGGAGGGUGGAUGGUUUGGAAGCCUGGAAAUGGACCCUGGCCAGUCCAGCAGCCUCGGCCAGCUCCGUCAGGGGAGCAGAUCCCGUUCUCCAGGGAGCCCAGCGGAGCGUGGCAGCCGUGCCUUUGCCUGGCCACAUCCCCUCUCUGCCCACACUUGCUGCUCCUCUGCCCCUUCUCAGGGGCUCCUGAUGGACUCCUGGCUCUCACCAUUCUGCCUGGAGCAGCCAAAAUCUCUGACCCUGGUGCAAGAACAGCCAGUGCCACCUUCCCGUGGGGCUCCUCUGCCCUGUAAACCCCAAGGAGCUGCUGGAAAGGGCAGGGAUGGGGUGGCCCUGCACCUGGCUCAUCGUGUUCUCUGUCCUUUGGUGCUGGAGCAGCAAGGUGUGGAAAACUGCUGGCUGUGGGGGCCGGGCUGAGCCACCCAGCUUCACCUGCCCUGGGCUCACAGGAGGUGACUCGCCUGGUUUUGGAGCGUCAGGAGGAGAAAAGAGGGCUUGAAGAUGGAUGCUUUUGUUCUUAUCCUUAGCAAUGGGGAAAGAAAAAUUGAGCCCUGGCAGCCUGGAAUGUGGGUUUGGUGAGCUCAGGCUUUUCAGAGAUGUUUAAAGGAUGUGCUGGUUUUGUAUUUUACCUUCACCUGCUCCUGCCACCCCUCCCGGAGCUGCUCAGCCUCCCUGCACUGCAGACGUGAUGACAAGCAGGAGGAAUGAAAUUGGGAAUCUUAAAAAAGGGUGUGGCCGCCUUGUACUGGGCUGGGAAGAGGGAGAGGAAAAGCCGGAUCCCUCCUUAAUCCCUGACUUCAUCCUCUAACGGGGUGCAGGCUUCACCCAAACUUCCAUCUGCUCCCUCAGCUGUGCCUGGACCAGCAGCAAAACAGCCUCCGGGUCGUUGUUUUGGCAAAGCCAUCGGCAUCAAAGGCCUUCAGUUGAAUUUUGAUUAGGGGAAAAAGGAAAGAAGCUGCUUUCCUGCCCCCCCCACCCAAGACUGGAAAACUUGAGGCUGACAGCAGCGAGGAAAGUCCCUGCGAGGCUGGAAUGGAGUGGCAGAGGAAAAUAUUUUGUAAUUAGAUAAGGGGCCAGUGAGGUAAUUUUAUUUGGAACAGGGUGUGAGAUCUUGGUAACUUUUGUUGAACAAGGGGAAAAAUGAGGAUAAAACAGUAUCAUGAGGCUUUUUUUGUUCUUGGAGCAGGUAAAUCCAGAGGACAACUUGCUGUCUCCCCUACCCCAUCCCUGCCCUCCCCCCAGGCUGGCUGGGGAGCGUGGGCUGGUUUAUACAUCAUUUAUUAUGUGGUCUGCUGGAACUGUCCCUCCUGCACAGCAUUGCUGUUAAAAGUUGUUUCACAGAGCAAGCUUUUGCAUCCAGAAGUGGGUUGGUUCUGAGUGUUGCCAUGCUGAGCUGACUGCAGGCUUUUUUUUUUUUGUCCUGUAACGGUGUAAAAUGCAGAUUUCUGUUUCCUUAAGGGAUGAUUCAGGGAGAAGCCAAGGUCUGAUGAAUGUUAGGGUUUUGGGGUUUUUUCCCUAAGAAGCAGUUAAAAAAAAAAUAAAGUCUAGUGUUGGAUUUACAAAGUUCAGUGUUUAGAACUGAGGAUUAAGGACUGCACCAUGUGCUUGACUUCCUUGCCGGGGAGCAUUUGGAGUGUCUGGACUGAAUUUCCAGAUAGACCUGCGAAGAACUUGUAAUAACAUUUCCAUUGUCCAUAAGCUUCCAGUUUUCAUCAAGCUCUGGGGCUCUCCUGGCAUGCACAGCACAGAGAAAGCUGCCUGUGGCUGAGCCUUGUGGUUGGGCUCUUGCACCAUCCUGGCUGUUUCUGCAUCAGCUUUUCCCUUUGCUGGGCCCUGUUCCCUGUGGAAAAAUCCUGGGAUGCUGCAGCAGAGUUCAGUUCCUUGUGUUGGACCCAGGUCCCUUCCUGCAGCAUCUGCCCCUGUGCCAGCCCCUGGAGCUGUUGGUGAGGCCAUGGAAAAGCUCCAAGGGCUGGAGCCCCUCUGCUCUGGAGUCAGGCUGGGAGAGCUGGGGGUGCUCCCCUGGAGAAGGAUCCAGGGAGAGCUCAGAGCCCCUUCCAGAGCCUGAAGGGGCUCCAAGAGAGCUGGAGAGGGACUGGGGACAAGGGAUGGAGGGACAGGACUGCCAGAGAGCAGGGUUAGGUGGGAUAGUGGGAAGGAGUUGUUCCUUGUGAGGAUGGGGAGGCCCUGGCACGGGGUGCCCAGAGAAGCUGUGGCUGCCCCUGGAUCCCUGGAAGUGUCCAGGGUUGGACAGGGUUUGGAGCAGUCUGGGAUAGUGGAAGGUGUCCCUGCCCAUGGCAGGGGUGGAAUGAGGUGAUCUUUAAGGUCUCUGCCAAGCCAAACCAUUCUAGGAUUUCACAGGUGGACAAAACUGCACUGACAGAUCCAACCUGUGUCUCGACUCCCACUUCUUGCAUGGUGGAAAUGGUGCUGAAGCCUCACCCGAGGCUGUUUCUCCUUCCCUGCCUUUGGCUGGUCCAGGCAGUCCUGGUGCAGGGACAGCUGAGGACAUUAUCAGGCUGCCCUCCUGCCACAAACCAGAAUUGGCAGAGGACAAAAGCUGCUGCUGGUUCUGCUCUAGCAGAAGUGGCCCGAGUGUUCUGUCUGCACAAGCUGAGCUCAGGCCCAGACUUUGCUUUGUCCCUGGCCAUGACCUGACUGUGCUGUGACCCAGGCCAUGAACUGCCCCAGCUCUGUGUGCACGAGCCCCAGCUGGCUGCUGCUCCCACUCCCGAGUGUCCAACAGCCAGGAAUUACCAGGCCAUCGGUCCUCCCCAUGCAGUAUGUCACAAAAAAUGGAGUGGGAAGGGUUGUUUCUCCCCUUGUCCAGCAGCCUGUGAACCACGGGCUGCCAGGGCUCAUGGGCAGAGCCUGCUUGGCCCUUUCCCAUUUCCCAUCCCUGUCGCUCUGACACUGCUCCACUUCAAUAACUCCAUCCUUCAGAAAACACCUUCUUGCAUCCUGAAAUGAGCUUGUAACGAGGAGCCUUUGCAUGCAGAAGGAAUCCAGCCCCUUCAGAAACUUCCCCCAGCACAGGAGCAGCCCCGAGCCAGGCUCACCCAAGAGGUUUAUCCGUUUACAUGUACAUAGAGGGAUGUGUGUGUGUGUGUGUGUUGUGCAGGACUCCACCCCCUGCUCCCAUGGAGAUGCAGUUAUGUUAUGUAAGAGUAUUUUUUUAGAAUGGGUAUUGCUUAUUCCACCGCUGUACGACUGAUUGCACUGUAACAGGUCUGGUCCCUGUGAUGCUUUCAAGGCUGGAAAAUUCUUGUGUACUUUGCCCAGCACGGUGAAAAACAAACCACACAGAAGUAACAGUCAUAAAUAUACAACUUUAAAAAAAAUUACUGUUAAAGAUUUAUUGCAAUAAUACAAUAAAAUUUAGAAGAAAAAAAACCAAAAUGAAACAAAAAACCAAUUUGUGUUUAGUUACAUAUUAAGUCUGGAAGUUGUGAGAGAGGGGCCACGAGUUUCCCCAGGUGAAAAAGCCACCCUGGGUGUCCCACCCAAGACCCUGCACAGGCACCUGAUUUUCGGCACAGGGCUGGGCCCCCGAAAUCAGGAUCUUCCUUGGCAGCCCAAAUUGGCCACCCAAGGUCACUGGUCAUGACCAGAAGCCCUGGCCCGAACUGAACUUCCAUGUUCAUGCUACACAAAAUGUUCUGUAAACUCUCAGCUGGCUGCCUUCAAAUAUCUAUAAUUACAGA